AUGUCGUCAUUUUUUUCUUCCAUCACCUCUUCUUCAUUGGAGACCAACCUAUCAACCGCGAGAACCAUCAUAUCAACUGUCGCCAUCAAUGCUGCCGUCGUUGUCGCCGCCUAUGCUGCCGGCGUUGUCGCAUUCAAUGCUACCGUCGAUGCCGCCUCUGCAAUGAUAGCCCGUUCCCGUUCAUUCACCGACAAGUUGUUCCGAAUGGGCCUCCGUCACUACAUUUACACCAGAAUCAAAACCACUCUCUACCGUCUCUUCCCCGAUCUAACAAUGGUAAUCGAAGAAUUCGAAGGCCUCGACAACAACCAAAUCUACUCCGCCGCCGAAAUCUAUCUCGGCACCAUAGCUUCACCGUCCAAAAAAAAACUCUGCGUAAGCAAAUCCGAUCACCAAGAAACCUUCACAAUGGAACGUCACCAAUCGGUAACCGAUUACUUCAAAGGCGUUAAACUCAACUGGACUCUCUUUUACCGCCAAGUCGAGAAUCUCCCCAACAAACACGAUAUAACCGCCACUUUGAAAUCGGAAAUCCGUUCGCUGGAAUUAACAUUCCACGAAAAGCACCAAGACCUGGUUCUCUCUAAAUACAUUCCGUUCAUUCUUGAAGAAGCAAGAUCAAAGAAACAAGAACUGAAAGCGCUGAGAAUCUUCACAGUUGAUCACCAGAAUCUGUACGGGAAUUUGAACGAUGUUUGGCUGGGGACCACGUUAGAUCAUCCAUCGACUUUUGACAGGCUGGCACUUGACCGUGAUUUACGGGAGUUUAUUAAGGGGGAUUUGGAAAAGUUUCUUAGGAGAAAGGAAUAUUACAGGAAAGUUGGAAAAGUUUGGAAGAGGGGCUAUCUGCUUUAUGGUCCACCUGGAACUGGGAAAAGUAGUUUGAUUGCUGCAAUGGCGAAUUACUUGCAUUUCGAUAUUUACGAUUUGGAACUUACUGAAGUGUAUAGUAACUACGAGCUUAGGACGUUGUUGAUCGCUAUGCCGAAUAGGUCUAUCGUUGUUGUUGAUGAUAUUGAUUGUACAUUUGAGUUUCAGGAUCGUAAUUCACAAUCCGGUGGCUCUUGUAGAAAUACUGGCAGAAGUAGGGAUCUACAGGUUAGACUAUAUGGGCUGCUGAAUUUUAUUGAUGGGCUAUGGUCAACUUGUGGAGAUGAGAGGAUUAUAGUGUUCACAACAAACCACAAGGAAAAGCUUGAUCCGGCAUUGUUGCGCCCGGGUCGAUUGGAUGUUCAUAUAAACAUGUAUAGUUCCUAUGGUGUCAUUGCCACCGGAUUGUAA